UCUAUCUCUCUAUCUCAAACUUUCUCUGCAUUGCCUUCUUCUACUUCACAAUCUCUCCCCAUUUCUUCUUCUUCUUGUUCUAAGCUUUUCCCCUCUCUUUUGGGCCUCUCUUGUUUAGUGGAAGGAAGGGGGAUUUUGGGUUUGAUCUUGUUGGGUGUUUGUGAAGAAACCCUUUAAGGGGUUUUUUUGGAUGGAGAGUUCUUUGUCUAUUUGUCUUGGAUUCUGAUGGGUUUUUGAUGAUUUGAAGCGAAACCCUUGAAUUCUGAGUAGUAGUGGGAGCUGUAUGAAGUAGUGGUGGAACAAUGAGCGAUGAGAAUUCCAAGAAAAGCAAGCUCUCAUGGUCCAAGAAAAUGGUCAGGAAAUGGUUCAAUAUCAGGUGCAAAAGCGAGGAUUUUCAAGCGGAUGUUGCUUAUAGAGGAAGUGAUAUCGAUUACAGAAGCAGAAGCUUCUCAGAGAGGGAGCCUUGCACCAUCAAGAAAAGCAAAACAGAGAAAUUCAGCAAAAAUGGCGAGCCGGGACGCCGAGGGAAGAUGAAUCUUGACCAUCCUCGAAUCAUUGAUGUGCAGAACUAUAGCAUUUUUGUUGCUACAUGGAACGUGGCUGGAAGAUCUCCUCCUAACAAUCUAAAUCUGGAUGAUUGGCUUCAAUCCUCACCCCCUGCUGAUAUUUAUGUUCUUGGAUUUCAGGAGAUAGUGCCAUUGAAUGCUGGUAAUAUACUCGGUGCAGAAGACAAUGGUCCUGCUAAAAAAUGGCAGGCUCUCAUUCGAAAGACUCUAAACAAUCUUCCCGGAACGAGCGUGGGGAAUGCGUGUUAUACGCCUUCUCCAAUUCCGAAACCCGUUGUGGAGAUAAAUGCAGAUUUUGAGGGGUCUGCUAGGCAGAAGAAUUCAUCGUUCUUCCAUCGACGAUCGUUUCAAACAACUCACAGCUGGAGAAUGGAUAAUGAUCCUUCAAUACUGCAGCCACGACUCGACCGAAGAUUUAGUGUAUGUGACCGUGUUAUCUUCGGUCAUCGGUCGAGUGAUUUUGGUCCUAACUUUAGAGGGAGCCACAGGCCAAGUGAUUACUGCAGACCAAGUGACUACUCAAGACCAAGUGACUAUUCCAGGUCCAGUGACUUUUGCAGGCCGAGCGAUUACUCUAGGCCGAGCGACUUUUGCAGGCCGAGUGACUCGAGGCCUAGUGACUGUUCGAGAUGGGGUUCGUCCGAUGAUGAUAAUGUUUCGUGGGAGUCACCGAGCACGGUUUUGUUUUCGCCUAUGUCGCAUGGUGGAUCGUCAUCCCAGGAUGGUGGAUAUAGAAUGCCAGGACAUUCAAGAUAUUGCUUAGUUGCAAGCAAACAAAUGGUUGGCAUAUUUCUCACAAUAUGGGUGAAAAGUGACUUGAGGGAUCAUGUUCGAAACAUGAAGGUUUCUUGUGUUGGUAGAGGAUUGAUGGGUUACCUUGGAAAUAAGGGAUCGAUUUCUAUUAGCAUGUCUUUGCAUCAAACAAGCUUUUGCUUCAUUUGUACUCACUUAACAUCUGGAGAGAAAGAAGGCGACGAGCUUAGAAGAAACUCUGACGUGAUGGAGAUACUUAAAAAGACAAGGUUUCCACGAGUUCACGGUGCAGGCAGCGACGAGAAAUCCCCUGAAACAAUCCUCGAGCAUGAUCGUGUUAUUUGGCUCGGGGAUUUAAACUAUCGAAUUGCUCUUUCUUACCGUUCGGCCAAGGCGCUCGUAGAGAUGCAAAACUGGAGGGCAUUGCUUGAGAAAGAUCAGCUACGAAUAGAACAAAGACUUGGGCAUGUAUUUGCUGGAUGGAAUGAAGGAAAGAUUUACUUUCCUCCUACAUAUAAGUAUUCAACUAAUUCAGAUCGAUAUGCAGGAGAGGGCGCUUACCCGAAAGAAAAGCGUCGUAAACCCGCUUGGUGCGAUCGGAUAUUAUGGCAUGGAGAAGGCCUCCAUCAGCUAUCCUACGUCCGUGGAGAGUCAAGGUUUUCAGAUCAUAGACCGGUUUACGGAGUGUUUUGGGCCGAGGUUGAGUCAAGUCGAGGGAGAUUGAAGAAAAGCAUGAGUUAUUCCAGUUCGAGAGUCGAAGUUGAAGAGCUUCUUCCAUACGCACAUGGAUACACCGAGUUAAACUUUUUCUGAAAGCGAGAUCCAAUGGCUACACAAUCCAGCCAUAGUGAGCUAUCCCUUUUGUAGCUAAAGCCAUUGUGAGGUAUCGUUUUUCGGCCGACCCGAAACUUUGUAUAUCACACUCGUAGAAAAUUUUGCAAUAAGAUUCCUCCCCAAAGAGAGAGAUGAUGUAAACUUUGUAUAUCACACUCGUAGAAAAUUUUGCAAUAAGAUUCCUCCCCAAAGAGAGAGAUGAUGUAAGAGUAGGAUUAGGAUUUGUUUGAAUCUCCUUUACAAAGCUUUGUUCAACUCUCCUAUAAUUCAACCCUCAAGAAAGCUAUACCUGAUUUGACUGCAAAUCUGGCCCCAGACGGUGGUGGAGCUCAUCCCUUGAAGGCUGAUGGGGACACUUCGUAGCUCACAGCCCAAAAAAGUCCUCAUUUUGAAGUCCCUGUAGGUUACCUAAUACCACUGACCUUUCUUCACAACACAUUGUGCCUUUGCUCAUCAUAUCUUGUUAUAGCUGAGUUUACUCACUUUUUAGUACACACCUGCAUAAUUCGGUCGCCUAAUCGAUAACGAUGCUUAGCUUUCGGGAUUGGAAGAACUCGACCUGUAAAGCGACGACAUGUGGAGGAUCGAGUAAUAUUUUUGGCUUCUUUUGAAUUUUUUUCUCUCUUCAUUUCUUGAUUCUUUCUCUCUGUGUGGGAAUACACAUGGGUAGCACCUUUUUUUUUUUUUUUAAUUUUUUUCCUCAAAUCCAAAAAGAGGAAAAGAAUCAGUGGAUGUAUGAAUGAUACUUAUUUACCAUAGGAUGUGAAAGAGGUGAAAACCCCCAAAAAGUUGAAGAAAAAGAUAUGAUUUAUUACAGUGUGAAAUCUGAAUUUUCCCCCCUUUUCUCCUGCU